CAACGUUGUUUAAGACGGCCAUUUCGAUUUGUAGUGCGUGGUGGACAAGUGUGGUCCAUUCAAAGUUUUUUUUAUUUGGCUGUGGAAAAGACUUAUUAUUUAGUUUGGUAAGGAAAGAGCAAAACAAUGUCUGCUCCAACGUGCUACAAAUGCAAUCGUCCAGGACAUUUUGCCAGGGAUUGUAAUUCGGGUGGUAUGCGUGAUGGCGGUGGUGGAGGUGGUAACAGGCGGGGUAAUCGUGAGUCGAAAUGCUACAAGUGUAACCAAUAUGGACACUUUGCUCGGGUCUGUACUGAGGAAGCUGAAAGAUGCUAUCGUUGUAAUGGUGUAGGUCACAUUUCCAAGGAUUGCACACAAUCUGAUAAUCCAACUUGCUAUAAGUGUAAUAAGAGUGGACAUUGGGCUCGUAAUUGUCCUGCAAGUUCAAAUGAUCGCGGCUCUAACGUUUCUUGCUAUAAAUGUAAUCGCACUGGACAUAUUUCUAAAAAUUGCCCAGAUACAGCCAAGACGUGUUAUUUGUGCGGAAAAAGCGGUCAUCUUAGACGUGAAUGCGAAGAAAAAGGCGGCCGUAAUUAAUUAUUUACUCCUAAGCAUUAAAUAAAACUCCAUCACUACUACAACUUAGAAUCAUCAAAGUACCAAACAUGAGAGAGAGGAGAAAAAUUACUUUACUUAAAAGCUACAUCAUCUUGCAUUCUAAAAUUUGAAAGUUUGAGCAGAAACGACAUCCUAUCGAUAAAAUUGUAAAAUUAAAUAGAAAAUUCAACUAAUUUUUUUAAGUAAACUCAUGAGAAAUGUAACAUUCAUCUUUAUUCAUAAGCCCUUGAUGUGUGCUUAUGUGCAGAAUAUAGCAGAUUUAUUUGAAAACAAUGACUUUUGAAAUAAAUUCAAAUAUCACUGUGAUGUUUUUCUAAUACAAAUUAAAAUACUGGAGCUGAU